UUAAUCCUAAUCCCAGAAAAUAACACCAUCAUAACUCGACCUUCUGAGUUCCGCAGAACUCACAAAUCUUCUUCAUUUCGAACCUGUAUUAGUCCGGUUACAGAAGAUCAAUCGAUAUAACCGAAUUACUUACGUGUUGCUUCGUGAUUCAAUUCUAAGAGAGUUAGAGAGAGAGCUUAAUUAAUCAUACGUAAAUCGUCAUGAAAAGCCCCUUCUCUAGGCCGUCCACACCUUCCCACUCUCCCAUGAGGUACACGCCACCGUCAUCCCCGAUGCGCCACACGUUCUCCGACUCGCUUGUGGAGGAGAACGUCGAGAUCGCCGAGGCCCUCAUCGCCAAGUGGGACCCCACAGCCGCCUCUGGCUACUCUAAGUUCGCCUCGGCCUCUGCCUCGCUCUUCCACGAUAAUAACCGCUACGAUGCCAAGCAGUUCCUCAUCUGCGUCAAGAACCUGCAGGCCGCGAUGCACUACUAUGUCAAGGAGAAUUCGGCAUCCGACAAGCUUGUGAGGGCACAGAGAUUAAUGCAGGCUGCUAUGAAGCGACUGGAGAAGGAGUUCUAUUAUAUCCUGUCAACGAAUAGGGAGUACCUCGACCCCGAGUCAGUCUCGAACCGCUCCUCCCGAGCUUCCACGAGGACAUCGAGCGUCUCCGAUUACGAGGAUGAUUCGGAGGAGGACGAGUUCAGAUUUGCUGGCCCCGACUCAUCGCCAUCUGUGCAGUCAGAGGAGGACCGAGUAUCAACAAUCGUGAUGACAGAUUUGAAGGCAAUUGCCGAUUGCAUGAUCGCCUCAGGUUACGGGAAGGAGUGCGUGAAUAUAUACAAGGUCGUCCGGAAAUCGAUUGUCGAUGAGGCGCUGUACCACCUCGGGGUUGAUCGAUCAGUGAGCAUUCGGGAGAUUCAGAAGAUGGAGUGGGAGGUCUUGGAGAGGAAGAUUCGAGGUUGGUUAAGAGCGGUUAAGUUUUCAGUUCGGACGAUCUUCUACGGGGAGCAGAUUCUAUGUGACCACGUAUUCUCUGCUUCGCUCCCUAUCAGGCAGUCAUGCUUCAACGAAAUCGCUCGAGACGGGGCGUUGGCCUUGUUCGGUUUCCCCCAGAGUGUGGCCAAGUCCAAAAAGUUAUCGGCUGAGAAGAUGUUCCGAACGCUUGACAUGUACGAGGCCAUUGCAAAUCUCUGGCCUGAGAUCGAGUCCAUCUUCUCAUACGACUCGACCUCAGAUGUCCGUUUGCAGGCUGUCAACUCCCUCAUCAAGCUCGGUGAUGCCGCAUGCUUGAUGCUUGCCGACUUUGAGUCAGCCAUAGAGAAGGACUCAUCAAAGUCAGUCCCGAGUGGUGGCGUCCACCCGCUCACGCGCUACGUCAUGAACUACCUCGCCUUCCUUGCAGACUACACCGAAGUUCUUUCCGAUAUUAUUGCCGACUGGCCAUUGAAAGGCCAGUCCCACCUGCCAGAGUCGUACUUCAACCUCGACGACGAGAGCUAUUCCUCAGCCAUGUCUGCAAGGAUCGCGUGGGUGGUGCUCCUAUUGCUCUGCAAGCUCGACGGGAAGGCUGCGGUCCACAAGGACGUGGCGCUGUCCUACCUGUUCCUCUCCAACAACCUUCAGUACAUCGUGUCGAAGGUCCGGCAGUCGAACCUGAAGGACCUUCUGGGCGAUGACUGGGUGGCCCAACACGAGUCGAAGUUCAAGCAGUACAUUGCGAACUAUGAGAGGGUCGGUUGGAGCAGGGUGAUUGAUUCCCUACCUCCACCUGCUGCUCAUGCUGCUGAUACUAACGGAGUCAAGGACUACUUUAAGAGGUUCAAUGCAGAGUUUGAGUCAGCUUAUCGGAAACAACUAAAUUGGGUCGUUUACAACCCGGAGCUGAGGGAUGAGAUCAAGGUGUCGUUGGCGAAGAAGUUGCUGCCGGCCUACACGGCAUUGUACAAGGCUCACGGGACCCGGCUGAGGAGAGAUGCAUUCAGGGAGUCGGUCGUCAGAUUUUCACCGGAGGAUCUUGGGAACUACCUGUCGGACCUCUUUCACGGGAACGGGGAGUCGGGAAGCGUCUCGUCGCACUCACAGGCGUCGUCAUCUUUGGGUUCGUCGUCCGGUCUGUCGAGCGAGGCGAAAAGUCGUUGAGGCGGUUUACAGAUAGUUUCUGUUUUUCCUUUUUUGUUUGACGGUACAAAAUAUAUUACACACGUGGAAAAUUUGUAAAGGCAACACAUCAGCAUUAGAUUAAGAUCAUUGACAAACGAUAACUCUUUGACUCUUCGGAUAA